AACCCUUCUCCAGCGGAAAGGGAGGGCAGCGGAGAAUCGACGCGUGACCAUGAUGAUGCUUCUCCUGCCGCACAGAGAAGAGGAGGAAGAGGGAGGCGCGGCCGGGCGGCGGCGGUUCCCUAUCAAUGACAACGCCGAUCUUCUCGCGGAGGUGCUCGGCCGCCUCGACGGCCGCUCGCUGGCGGUGGCCGGGUGCGUCUGCCGCCUCUGGAGCGCCGUCGGCCGCCGGGAGGCCGUGUGGGAGGCCGUCUGCCACCGCCACGUGGCCGUCGGCCGAGCGGGGGCGGCGGGCGGGACGCGCUCCGUCGUGGCCGCCCUCGGCGGGUACCGGCGCCUGUACCGGCUCUGCAUCGGGCCGGCGCUGGACCGGCUCGCCGGCGUCCGGAGGCAGGGUCCGGCAGUGUCGUCGGCAGCGCGCCACGUGUCCCUCUCCCUCGCGCUCUCGCUCUUCUCCAUCGACUGCUACGAGCGGCUCGGCGGCGUGGGCGGGAGGCAGCAGCAGCCCCCGGCGUCGCUGCUGUUCCUGUGCAAGCCGGUCGACGUGUCUUGAUCUAGGCCUCUCGAUUUCAACACCGGAGCUCUGUCCGCCGUUGGAUCGGUCGAACCAUUAUUUAUUGCAAGGGGAAAAAGAAAAUAAUUCGAUAAAAUCUACUAGUAUUUCUAAAUCCUGAUUCUAUGCCUAUCUUCUCCAUGUCUCUCAUUGGUUGAGCAUUUUUUUUUUCUAUAUAAUUUUGUUGGUAGAACAUAUACAAAUUUGA